AUGACUGGAACUGUAGCUCAAGCCGUUGUUUUAGCUGCUUUGUGCAGCUCGGAUGCUUUUCUGAAGAUUGAUCGCCCGGUUGCAUCAUCGCCAGAACCAAUGCCCAAUGCAGUGGUUGAAGCGGACAGCCCAGAGUUUGCCCAGCCUGCUUCUGAGGCCGGUAUGGGUUUGGAUGAAGCGGGUGAGGAGAGGAAGGAGAACAAGGGCCGCAAGAGAAAACAACAUGAUGAUGGCAAACCUUCUCUUCCUGUUCCUACUCGUCGAGUUCGUGGCAAACAGUCUGCCUUGGCCUUCUCAUCCAAACCACCAAAAAAGGGUCGGGGAUAUGGCAGAGGAAACCAAAAAGCAACGGGAAAAUCAGCAGCAGUCUCUAUCUUUCAAAAAGAGGCAAUAUGCAAAGCAUAUGACCAUUUGGUUGCAGAAGGUUCAAUGAAGCCAGGGAAAGAGCUGGAAAACAUGAAAAUGCCUGGCUACUACAAGGGCUGCACGGGCAAAACCCGUAUCGAACAGCAAUGGACCUUACUUUGCCAAACAGCCCCCAAAUUGUGCAAAGCAAAGAAAGAGCUCCCAAACAGCUUGCGUUUGAUCAUAGAUCAUCCUACUUUCAAGGGUGGAAGCGGAAACAAGCCUGUGAAGUCACAAAGCAAAACAGUAAUGCCUUUUGUUCUGAAGCUAGUUGUGGAAGAGAUGGUGAUGGAACGGAUUGAUGCUGGGGAAGAAGUGGGGCUUGCCUUUGUCCAAAACACAAUCAUUUGGUGCUGCUCUCUCUGGAACGACAAUAUCCAACUCAUGCGUGAGAUAAUUCGUUCCAAAAACAUAGACAUGCUAAGGGCUGAGGAUGAACGGUUGUCCCAAUUGUCAUCGGCAGAGUUGGAUGCAACGUUUCAGUCCAUGUACCAGAAAGUCGAUGAAGUGCUGGUCUCUGUGAGUGUCUGCAAAACGAGUGGUGCUCUGAGGAAGCAGGCGGAGCGAUUGUGCAACCAAUUUGGUUUGCGCAUGCGCAGCAACGAAAAGCCUGGCGCACACUUACCACAUGGGCAUCCGUCGUUGGAAGCCAUCAGAACGUAUAUUAAGUCUCUCACAGAUGGACAUUCGGUCCACGAGAGACUUGUCUGCAAUUUUGACCAAGUCUGGUCUCUUCAGUUCAGACCAAAGCGGUCAUGCUUGCAAAAGGAUUCAGCACUGGCUGGCCAUCGAGAUGAUGCAUUGAAAAAAUCACUUUACCUUAGAAAGAUCCGGCACAACUUGGAAGUAGCGAUGAAUCUUCCAGUCACAGAACUCAACCCCAGUGAAAAGCAAUUGGUCCAGGCACCCAAACCGCCACAAAUUUCUGGCGGCAAGGCUGCUACAGCUAUGGUUAGUGAGUGGCGUGUGCCUCGAACAGUGACCACGCUGAGCUUUGUGGACGGACAUGUAGGGAGGUCCUUCGUAACUCUCCGAGAAGGAAGUUUGCCAGAUGAAACACGUAUGCGUCUUGGAAAGGAGCUGGGUAGGCACCUAGUUAUCGACCAGCCGCAGCCCAAGUCCCACAUGUGGAGCGAAUCGACCUUUGUACGGUACCUGGCUCACCUAAGCCAGGAGAUACGCCUUCGACGAAAGCAACUGGGUCUCACAUUCCAGGACAGGGCGCUUUGCUUCUUUGACCAGGCACGGACAGAUGACGCGAAAAGCCAUUGGCUA